AUGUCAACCAGUCGUGAAGAUUCUGUGUACUUGGCCAAGCUGGCCGAACAGGCCGAACGUUAUGAAGAAAUGGUCGAAAAUAUGAAGACCGUUGCCUCUUCUGGCCAAGAGUUGUCCGUCGAAGAGCGUAAUUUAUUGUCUGUUGCUUACAAGAAUGUCAUCGGUGCUCGUCGUGCUUCUUGGAGAAUUGUUUCUUCUAUCGAGCAGAAGGAGGAGUCUAAGGAGAAGUCCGAACACCAGGUUGAGUUGAUUCGUUCAUACCGUUCGAAGAUUGAGACCGAACUAACCAAGAUCUCCGACGACAUUUUGUCCGUACUAGACUCCCACUUGAUUCCAUCGGCCACCACUGGCGAAUCCAAGGUCUUCUACUACAAGAUGAAGGGUGAUUAUCACCGUUAUUUGGCUGAAUUUUCGAGUGGCGAUGCUAGGGAAAAGGCAACAAACGCCUCUUUGGAAGCAUACAAGACCGCUUCUGAGAUUGCCACCACGGAGUUACCCCCAACUCACCCAAUCCGUCUAGGUUUGGCCCUAAAUUUCUCUGUCUUCUACUACGAAAUUCAAAACUCUCCAGACAAGGCCUGCCAUUUGGCCAAGCAAGCUUUCGACGACGCUAUUGCUGAGUUGGACACUCUAUCCGAAGAAUCAUACAAAGAUAGCACACUUAUCAUGCAACUGCUAAGGGACAAUCUAACUUUGUGGACUUCAGACAUGUCCGAGUCCGGUCAAGCUGAAGACCAACAACAACAGCAACAUCAACAGCAGCAGCCACCUGCUGCCGCCGAAGGUGAAGCACCAAAGUAA